GUGAGGCUUGGCAAGUCUUGCAUUUUGUCGUUCGGUAUCGUACGUGCUUGAGCUCCCGAGUUGAGAGAAUAGUCCAGUGUUUUCUUGUUUUUACAGUGAGAUAGACGCAAAGUGAGAAACAAAGGACUUUCACUUUCCAAUUCGAGAGGAAAUCGAUAAACAAUGACAGUUCUAAAUAUGGAACUGGGGUCUGACUCCAAAACGCCUCUACAAAAGUUUUACGCUGGCCAAAAUGUUUUAGUGACAGGAGGAACGGGCUUUUUGGGAAAGUUGCUAAUUGAAAAGUUGUUGAGAAGUUGUCCGGAUCUAUCGUCAAUUUUUGUCGUGAUUCGUCCAAAAAAAGGCCAAGAUGCAUACCAUAGGUUGGAUACUCUGUUCGACGACACGAUUUUCGACCGCCUGAAAAAGGAUAUGCCCAAGUUCCGCCACAAAGUGACUGUCAUAGCUGGUGAUUGUUCGCUACCUGGUCUUGGAAUAUCGCAGUCCGACAAGCAACUUAUCAUCCGCGAUGUCAAUAUCGUUUUCCACGUUGCUGCGACUGUAAAGUUCGACGAGAAAAUCAAACAGGCCGUCGCUAUCAACGUUAGUGGCACCAAAGAGAUGCUUGAUUUGUCUAGGCAGAUUCAAGGCUUAAAGGUAAUAAUUCACGUGUCGACGGCAUACAGCAAUUGCAAUAGGAUGCAUAUAGACGAGAAGUUUUACGAUCCGCCGCUUUCAGGGGACAAUGCCAUCAAACUGGUUCAGAGUUUGGACGAUAAAAAACUCGAUUCCAUUACGCCAAUUAUACUGGGCGAUUUCCCAAACACUUAUGCCUACACAAAAUGCAUCGCGGAACAGGUAGUGCAGCAGUACGGCAGAGAUCUACCAACCGGAAUUUUCAGACCUGCCGUUGUAAUUUCAACGUAUCACGAGCCAGUCGCCGGUUGGAUCGACAACAUUUACGGGCCAACGGGUGCACUAGUGGGUGGAGGAGCUGGAUUAAUCCGAACGAUGAACAUGGAUGGUGAAUGCGUUGCUGAAUUGAUACCAGCUGAUUUGACUGUGAACGCACUCAUCGCUACAGCUUGGGAUGUGGCAAAUAGCAAAAAUGAGGAUUCUGAUCCUCCAAUUUACAACUACCACUCGAGUUGGUCAAAAGGCUUGACUUGGAGAAAAUACGUUGAUCUUGCAUACAAGUACGGAACGAAGAAGCCGAGUAUACGCAGCAUUUGGUGUUAUAGUUUGACAGCCACAAAGAACGUCUAUUUGUACUAUAUCUUGUCGUUUUUACUUCAUAUCGUUCCUGCAUUCCUCGUUGAUGUUGGUUUAUUCCUUACCGGAAAGGAACCUAAAAUGUUAAAAAUUUACAAGAAAAUUCACAAAUUCUCGGCAGUCACCACUUACUUCAUUAUGAGGAAAUGGGAAUUCACUAAUGAUAAUAUGGUUCGUUUGUGGGACAAACUAAGUUCCGAUGACAAACAGAUAUAUUACUUCUCGAUGAAGAACAUCGAUUGGGAUGACUACAUGCAGAAAUGUGUCGAUGGAUUGAGACUCUAUAUUUUCAAGGACGAUCCAAACAAUAUCCAGAUGGCUCGAAAACGAAUGGCAAAGAUUAUCAUUUUACAUAAGGUGAUCAAAUACACAAUAAUGGCUUUCUGCGUUUACGGAUUCUUCUUGCUCAUUUCCUUACUUUUUUCGAUAAAUGUCAGCACGGUACUUGCACCGAUCAGUGAACAUAUCAGUAUUCGGUAAUGAUCUAAUAGCAGACAAAUUUUUAUGUAGUGUAAGAUUGUAAAAUUGUGUUCAUUUGUGCGCGGAUAUGUUUGCUGAACAGAUAUUGACAAUUUGUUGUUGUUAAGUUUUAUUAGAUAUCGCAGAAGUAAGUGAAUAAUAUUUUGAGGAUAUUUUUUUUUUAUUACUGGCAAUUCAGAGUUUUUAAAUUCAUUUUUUCUUUUUUAUGAGUUCAACGGUCUAAUUAUAAACUUUUCUAUAUAUAUAUAUAUGUACGAAAACUAUUUUAAGAUUGCAUAAUAACUAUGUUUGAAUUAAAUGUUUCAACGUACUAAUAAGUUUUUAUCCAUUUCAAAUUUAGAUUCGAAGUUAGAAAAUCAUUUCAUUUUUCUUUAUGAUGAUUAUAUAUUUGUAAAUACUUUAUAUGCAUAUUUACUUUACGUAUUGAGAAUAUUUCGUAAAUAAAAUUUUUUUUUUAAAUCCCUCAGAUUGCAUUAGAUAUUUCUCCAAUAAACUUGUUUAAUUUGAAUUAUUUUUACAAUUUUUAAGCUCAAUACUUUUAAGGAAAAUAAACAAUUAUCUUAUAUUAGUCUACUGCUUCAUAUAUGAUAACAAAGUAAACAAUAUUUACGUUAUAGACUAUAUAGGAUAUACAUAAAACCAUUAUUUCCAAGAUUGUUUUAUCAAAACAAAGCAAAUAUAUGUCAAGAUUUGAUAAAAAAAUUGCAUGAGAUGUAUAUCUAUAAUAUGAUUCGAUUAUAUGCUGCGUUUCUAACUUAGAAUGUACAUAUUAAUUCUUUUUAUAUUUGAUCAUAACAUUUUCGCAAAUAUCGAAAUAUGAUAGUUUUUAACUUUUAAAAUCUUUUUAGAAAAAAUUGCUAUAUGUUACGUAAAAAAGACUUAUAAUGAUGUGCAUAUAAAAACGAAGUUAAAUAUGAAAUAAAAAUUCAUAAUCAUGUAAAUUUAAAUAACUAACAUAACAAAAACGAUCAUGUAAGUUU